GCGCCCGCUGGAGUGGCCAAGAAGGCGCGCGAGGCCCACGAGAAGCUCGAGAAGGGCGGUGGCGGGUCUCACAAAGGGCAGGGUGGCGGAGUGGGGGGUGCCGACCUCACCGCAGCCAUCAUGGCCCUGCGCAAGGAGGUGGCCGAGCUCAAGAAGGGCCCUGGUCAGCCGCACCCGGCGCCGAAGCCCGAGGAGGCCGCGCCAGACGACGACCCUCUGCUCAUGCAGAUCGAGGUCCUGGAGGCGACGCUCGUCGGCUACAAGAAGGCCAAGAUCGAAGGGGAGCUCGUCACAGCCGUUGAGGCGCAGCUGGGGGCGCUGCGCAAGAAGCGGCUCGAGGCGAAGUCGCCCCAGAGCCAGGUCAUCUCCCUCAACGGGAAGCUCCUCCGCCUGCAGAGCAAGAAGGAGCGCCUCGAGAAGUCGAAGGUGGAGAAGGCAGAGGCAGUCAAGGAGGCCAGGGCCGCCUUGGACAAGUGCCUCGCCGAGGAAGCCGAGCUGGCGACCGACCUCGCCAGUGUCGAGCAGGCCAUCACGGCUGCCAACGCCGAGGUCACCUCGGCUGUCAAGCAAGUGGCCCAGGCAGGCAGCGGCGAGCCGGCCCUCGACGCCGCCCGGCAGGAGCAGAUCGUCUCGGAGGUGCUCGAGGGCAGCGCAGCCGGCAAGGCCUUGGGAGCUGGGGCUUCCAAGAUCCUCUCGGACCUGCUCGGCAAAGCGCUGGCCAAGGCUGCUCCGCCCGUGGCUCCUGUUGUUGCUGCUGGCUCUGUCGGAGGGAACGGAGGUGUCGCCGACCCCGCCGCCGACGAGGAAAUGCCAGAGAACUUCGACUCCGCGACCACUGACGCCCUGCUGGCCGCUGCUACGGGACCCGACGCCAAGCGGGCCCUUAUCACGGCCAUGGGGGAGCUCAACAUGGUCAAACGUGACGAGGCCGCGAUCAAGGAGACCAAGCCCAGCGGCGGGGUCGCCAUCCUGGCUCGCAAGCACCUGGACUUCUGGUGGGACCCGCUGGAGUCCUGCUUGGUCGAGGGCCGCAUCAGCGUGGCCUUUUUGCGUUUGCCCCACGUCGGGGCGCUGGCCUUGUCCACCGUGUACUUGGAGACGGGGGUCGGGCUCGACGGGAACGAGAUGGCCCUCCGCACGCUGGUCCACCACACCAGGGUGCAUCAGCUGCCCUGGCUGGCCGGGGGCGACUGGAAUCUGGAUCCUGAGAUGGUUGCUGGGUUCGCGGGUUUCAAUGCGGCGGGCACGCAGAUCAUUGCGCCUGCCGAGGCCACCUGCCAUGGAGGGCAGGACACGCACACUGUCCGCGACUUCUUCGUGGCUGGCGGGUGGCUUGGGCUGGCCUGUGCGCGCCCGACCGCUCGGCCAGAGCACCUGGUGCCCACCCACGACCUGGUCCAGCUCCCGCUCAAGGGCGUGGGGGAUUGGCCCACCGUGCGAGCGGCAGCCCGACCUCCUCCGCUGCCGGCGGAGAGGCCCGUGUGCCCACGCGGCGCGCCGCCCGACUGGGGGCCCACGAAUGCGGUGGUGCGCCAGGCAUUGCAGCGUGCCGAGUCCGACGCCCUCCCCAUGCCGCAACGGCAGGAGCUCGUCAACCAGGCGCAUGCGGCCUGGCUCCGCACAGCUCGGCAGGACUUCGGGGCCAUCGUGGACGUUGAGGCCCCGGGCAUGCAGCACUGGGGGGGCGCGCUGACCUUUGAGGACAUGCCCCUCGACAAGGCGCUGGCCACGCCCAAGAACCCGCGGAGGCGAGCCAGCGCAGGCAUGCGCUGGCUGGCCGGCCAGCUGAGGCAGCUGGCAGGGCGCCUGGGCGAGGUGCUGCGUGGCGACAAGCGCGCCCGCGCCGACGUGCUGGCCAACGCGGGGCGCUUGCGCGCUGGCUUGGCACGCGGCGGGCAGUUCGAGUACCAUUUCGCUCGGCAGCCGUGCUGGGCCGAAUGGGAGGCGCUCCUCGAGCACAUCGCUGGUGCGGUUCAGGCGGGGUGCCACGCCUGGGUUGGGACGGGGACCGCCGAGGUGCCUCGCCCGACGUUCGAGCUGCCGGGCCUGGCCCGAGACACCCCCCGGCAAGUCCAAGAUUUUCCAGAAAAUUCCCAGACUUCCCUGCCGGUGUCGGGGGCAGCCCAGGACGCCGCCGCGCCCCCCCUGCCGGCGGCAGAUUUCAGUAGUGACCUAAGGCAAGUUAGGUCACCUGUGGGCGGGGCGCCGGCCGUGGCCGCCGGGAGGGCCGCUGGAGCCGCUGCCCAGGCCCCCGGGGCUGCCGCCGCGGCCGCCGGAGCCGCCCUGGGCACCCCCAGGAGGCUCGAGCUCGCGCAUGCCGACCUCAGCGACGGCGCCGAGGGCGAGGAGGCGGGGACCGCCGAGGUGCCUCGCCCGACGUUCGAGCUGCCGGGCCAGGCCCUGCAUGGGGGUGCAGAGGCGAGGGUCGCCGACUACGCCCACCCCCGCGCUGGGGCGUGUACUCUGGACGGGGAGUUUGGCGAGACCCCUCUGGCGGAGUGUGGCCGGCUGUACCAUGCCGCGGUUCGGGUGCUGGCGGCCACGGCGGCCCGCCUGUGCAAGGAGUACCUCAUGGGCGUCAGGCGCGGCGGGGCCUCCUGGCGCGAGGCACUCGUGGAGGAUCUCGCCAAGGGCGCGCCGAUGCUGCACAAGUGGACGAAGGACCCAGGCAGCGGCGACCCCGAGCUGACCAAGCCGGGUGGCUUGGCCCACGAUCGGGCCGCGGACCCCGUCGCGCUGCUCGAGAAGUACCGCGCGGAGUGGCGCGGGCACUGGAACGGGCUCAGUCAGGAGGCUGCUGCCGAGCGCCUUACCUUCGUGCAGGGGGCGCUGGACGCGAUGGUGGCCGACGAAGGCCUGGGGCAUCAGCACCUCAGGGUUUCGGCCGAGGACGUCUCCAAGGCGGCGUCCCAGUUUAAGAAGG